GUCUUUGCCGAGCGCCCGCAGGUUCCCAGCCCGCCCCGCGCCCCCCGGUGCGCACUCUCAGUCCGGCCCAGGCGGUGCGCCUCCCACCCAAGUCCUCCAACCCUGGCGGGUGUGCUCGCGGAGGGAAACUGAGGCAGGGAACGUGCCUGUGAGCUCGUUCCUGCCUCCGUCUACACCCCACAAACCGCAAAGCUGCCGAGCCCUCCUGAGACCCGCAUGGAACAACAGGGAAGAACAGGAGGAAGGGGAGGGGGCGCGAAAGCAAGCCGGGUCUGUGGAGUCAGCCGGUCCUGCCACACUCAAGAUGGCGGCGCGGCAGCGGCGAGGUCCCUCAGAGGCGGUACCAGCGCAUGCGCAGCGCGGAGUCCCGGCCCGGGACACAAGAUGGCGGCAGCGGCGCUGGGGAGGGCGAGGCGGAGGCGGCAAAACGGGAGGUCGAGCAGAACGUGUAGCCGCGUCCCCUCGAGUCCGCUCCGGGCAGUUGCUGAUGCAAGGAAUUCCCUGGGCCCCCGUCCACUCCACUGCUGACCAGCCCACCCACCCGUGCUGAGCCUUCCUGCAGGCCUUCCCCCUGCCUCUGGGAUCCUGUGACGUGGGGGUCCAUCCGGUCGGAGAAGAAAACCCUCUCAUGCUAGCAUUGCAGACCCCAGAGGGUGAGAAAAAGAGGGACCUUUUGCAGGCUUAAGACAUAUGGGCUCAGCCCCAAGGCACCGGGAAUCCCUCCUCCCCAGAGAAUCAAGCCUUUUCUCCCCUCGGUUAGUGGUUCCGAAUCUUUCUGUUAUCACGGCCCCCUUUGGUUGUAUGUAUGCCCUCUUGCUCUGUGCGUUUUUACUGCCAAACUGUACCGACGAAAUAAUCGCUCACUUUUCCCUUUCCAAAUUAACGAAGAUAUCUAUGACUGUACAAAUAAAAUUAAUGUCCCAGUGAUUCCUAUGAUGUUGUCAACAGCCAAUCAGAGCUUCUGAUCAUCAUGAGAUAAUCAGUGUGACCACAACGAGUUGAUAAAAUUUCAGCAAGCAAAGAUAACUGAUGUUUCAACAUGCCUUUGUGCUCUUUUUGUGGGUCCGGUGUGGGUGCUGAGAUGGCCAAUGAGAAUCACGGCAGCCCCCGGGAAGAAGCGUCCCUGCUGAGUCACUCCCCAGGCACCUCCAAUCAGAGCCAGCCCUGUUCUCCAAAGCCCAUCCGCCUGGUGCAGGACCUCCCAGAGGAGUUGGUGCAUGCCGGUUGGGAGAAGUGCUGGAGCCGGAGGGAGAACCGUCCCUACUACUUCAACCGAUUCACCAACCAGUCCCUGUGGGAGAUGCCUGUGCUGGGCCAGCAUGACGUGAUUGAAGAGAAAUUAACAUGUACAGCGGGUUCUUCUGCCACAUGUCCUAUUAAACUGGUCAUAUUCAUGGACUCAUUGAAUCGUCUUCCCAACAGGAGGUUGGGCCUGUUUGGCAUGGCCAUUUUGAAGUCGGACCCUUUGGGGCUGAAUGCGACCCCACUGCCCCAAGACUCAAGCUUGGUGGAAACCCCCCCGGCUGAGAACAAGCCCCGAAAGCGGCAGCUCUCGGAAGAGCAGCCGAGCGGCAAUGGUGUGAAGAAGCCCAAGAUUGAAAUCCCCGUGACACCCACAGGCCCAUCAGUGCCUAGCUCCCCCAGUAUCCCAGGAACCCCAACGCUGAAGAUGUGGGGGACAUCCCCCGAAGAUAAACAGCAGGCAGCUUUCCUCCGACCCACCGAGGUGUACUGGGAUCUGGACAUCCAGACCAACGCUGUCAUCAAGCACCGAGGGCCUUCAGAGGUGCUGCCCCCACACCCCGAGGUGGAGCUGCUUCGCUCCCAGCUCAUCCUCAAGCUUCGGCAGCACUACCGGGAGCUGUGCCAGCAGCGAGAGGGCAUCGAGCCCCCUCGAGAAUCUUUCAACCGCUGGAUGCUGGAGCGCAAGGUCGUGGAUAAAGGCUCUGACCCCCUGUUGCCAAGCAACUGUGAACCGGUCGUGUCACCUUCCAUGUUUCGUGAAAUCAUGAAUGACAUUCCCAUCAGGUUAUCCCGAAUCAAGUUCCGGGAGGAAGCCAAGCGUCUGCUCUUCAAAUACGCAGAGGCCGCGAGGCGGCUCAUUGAAUCCAGGAGUGCGUCCCCUGACAGCAGGAAGGUGGUCAAAUGGAACGUGGAGGACACCUUCAGCUGGCUGCGGAAGGACCACUCAGCCUCCAAGGAGGACUACAUGGACCGUCUGGAGCACCUGCGAAGGCAGUGCGGCCCCCAUGUGUCCGCCGCGGCCAAGGACUCCGUGGAGGGCAUCUGUAGUAAGAUCUACCACAUCUCCCUGGAGUAUGUCAAGCGGAUCCGUGAGAAGCACCUUGCCAUCCUCAAAGAAAACAACAUCCCAGAGGAGGUGGAGGCCCCAGGAGUGGAGCCCCGCCUGGUGUACUGCUACCCAGUGCGGCUGGCCGUGUCCGCGCCCCCUAUGCCCAGCGUGGAGAUGCAUAUGGAGAAUAACGUGGUCUGCAUCCGGUAUAAGGGAGAGAUGGUCAAGGUCAGCCGCAACUACUUCAGCAAGCUGUGGCUGCUUUACCGCUACAGCUGCAUUGACGACGCCGCCUUUGAGAGGUUCCUGCCCCGCGUCUGGUGUCUCCUCCGCCGGUACCAGAUGAUGUUUGGCGUGGGCCUCUACGAGGGGACAGGCCUGCAGGGAUCGCUGCCCGUGCACGUCUUUGAGGCCCUCCACCGGCUCUUCGGCGUCAGCUUUGAGUGCUUCGCCUCGCCGCUCAACUGCUACUUCCGCCAGUACUGCUCUGCCUUCCCGGACACGGACGGCUACUUUGGCUCCCGCGGGCCCUGUCUGGAUUUCUCCCCGCUGAGUGGCUCCUUUGAGGCCAACCCUCCGUUCUGCGAGGAGCUCAUGGAUGCCAUGGUCUCUCACUUUGAGAAACUGCUCGAGAGCUCACCAGAGCCCCUGUCCUUCAUCGUGUUCAUCCCCGAGUGGCGAGAACCCCCCACGCCGGCGCUCACCCGCAUGGAGCAGAGCCGCUUCAAACGCCACCAGCUGGUCCUGCCUGCCUUCGAGCACGAGUACCGCAGUGGCUCCCAGCACGUCUGCAAGAAGGAAGAAAUGCACUACAAGGCUGUCCACAACACGGCCGUGCUCUUCCUACAGAACGACCCUGGCUUUGCCAAGUGGGGGCCGACGCCAGAGCGGCUGCAGGAGCUGAGUACCGCCUACCGGCAGUCAGGGCGCAGCCACGGCUCUGGCUCCUCCGCUUCCUGCUCAGAGAACAAGGACCGGGACUCGGGUCGCGAACAGGGCCCUAGCCGCGAGCCUCACCCCACUUAACACAUCCUGCGGGGAGGAGGAGCCCCAGGGCGCUGGUGUGGACUGCUGGGACUCGGGCCUUUUGGGGCUGAGCAGACCCCAGGACCCUCCCCCUGAGGUGGCAGCAGGACUCAGGCUGCCAGUGUCAUAGGAAGAUGAUGCCUCUGCCAGGGCUCCCCCUCCCUGCCCGAUCCCCCAACUCCUCACCUCAAACUCACUCCAUCUCCCAUGUAAAUAGGUCCCAUCCCUUCCCCCGUCCUCCCCUAAUCUCUACUAUCUUAUCACCAUCGUUUCAUUUGUAAAAGGAAAUACAGAAACCCCC